AGGGCUCUCGGGGUCCGCGGUCGCUGCCGCCCGGUGCCGAGCUCGCAGAUUUCCGAGGGGGCGGACGCUCGCCGGCCACGGCCCGGCUGGCUCCGCGCGGCAGCCCGCUCCCUCCCCUUCGGACCCCGGGCCGUUCCGCACGCGCCAUGCCAGCCUGGGGCCCCGCCCUCGCCCUGCUUGCCCUGAGCCUGCUCUGCGUCCUGGCCCGAUGGCUGAGGAGAUUCCCUGACGGGGCCGGCAAGGAGCCGGCGUCCGGGAGAGAGGAGGGCACCAAGGCACAGGUGGUGGAGGAAGAAGAGGACGACGAGGAAGAAGAGGAAGAGAAUGAGGAGCAAGAGGGGGAAAGGGCCGCCUUUUGGGACGGCUUCAGUAAGGGCCAGGAGCUGGUGGCCGGGGGCUGCCGCCUCAUCUUCAAGCGCUCGGCCCUGGCCCACCUUCUGCUGCGCACCUUCCGCAGGUCCGUGGCCCUGAGCGAGCCUGCCCACGGCUCGUGGCUGUCCGGGCCCCACCUCCAGACCCUGUACCAUUUCAUGCUCCCGCCGGGCCGGGGGCUCCAGCUGGCCCGCGAGAACCUCCAGCUGGCGGACAACGGGCUGGUGGCCCUGGACUGGGUGGUGGGGCCUUGGGCCCCCAACCCCCAGGUGCUGACGAAGGCCCACAGCUCCCCGCCGGUCCUGCUGGUCAUCCCCAACUCCUGGGGGCUCCUCACGCGCAACGUGGUGCAGCUUUGCCUCCUGGCCCUGGAGAAGGGCUACUACCCGGUCAUCUUCCACCGAAGGGGCCAUCAGGGCUGCCCGCUGCUCAACACCCAGCUGCAGACGUUCGGGGACCCCUCGGAUCUCAAGGAGGCCGUCACCUACAUUCGCUUCCGACAGCCGGCGGCGCCCCUGUUCCUGGUCAGCGAAGGCUCGGGCUCGGCCUUGCUGCUGUCCUACUUGGGGGAGUGCGGCUCCUCCAGCUACGCCACGGGAGCAGCCUGUAUUUCGCCAGUGCUCCGCUGCCGGGAGUGGUUUGAGGAUGGGCUUCCCUGGCUCUACGAAAGGGCCUUCCUGCUGCACCAGAAAAUCACUCUCAGCAGAUAUGCUACAGCCCUAGAUGACAUAGUGGACACGGACAAACUCUUUAUGAGCCGCUCUCUGCGGGAAUUUGAGGAGGCCCUUUUCUGCCGGACCAAGAACCUCCCCAUCAGUUGGGACACCUAUUGGGACGACAAUGACCCCCUCCGGGAUGUGGAUGAGGCUGCGGUGCCCGUGCUGUGCAUUUGCAGUGCCGAUGACCCCGUUCGGGGCCCUCCGGGCCAAACCCUGCCCACCAAACUCUUCCAGAACAACCCCUACUUCUUUCUCCUGCUCAGCCGCCAUGGAGGCCACUGUGGCUUCCUCAGGGAGGACUCUUCCCCGGCCUGGAGCCACGAGGCUACCCUGGAGUAUUUCCAGGCUCUGAUUGAAUUCUUCCAGUCAGAAGAAAGGGUGAAGGGGCUUUCCCGCCACCGCUCCUCCUUCUUGGCAGGCCGGCGCCGGCGAUUUACUCUGCAGAAGCGGGAGACGGCACCGGCCUCCCCUCGACUUGAGGAGAUGUUCAGCUGGAAGCGCUCAUAUACAAAGUGAAGUGCAGAGACACUCCCCCCUUCCCCCCCCCCCCCCUCUUAUUGCUGCCCCUGAUCCCAAUGCCUUGUGGGGAAAGGAAGCUGGCUGCUUCCGUCCAUCAGCUGGGGUCCCAAAUGGAAGAGGCCAGCUUUGGAGGGGGUGGCCACCAUUCCUCUUUGAGCGACUUUGUCUCUUAGCGGGGGUGAUGGCCUGUGGGGGCUUGUUCCUAUGUCCUCGAAAUGGAAGGGGUCAUUUCCCUAAAAUUCAUCCUGCCCUAAACAUCCUGUUCUGGCUUGCCUUCUUUUCCCAUCAUCAGGGAUUCCAAAAGCCAGAGCAGGGGUGCACUGAUCAGAUAGGAAAGUGAUAGGAAAAGUGGACGGCAAAAAGCCGUUUUCUCAGAAGUAGCAGUGAGCAGCACAUUUAUGUUGGGAGUCACAUGUGGAGUCCUAUUUUUGAGGCUACGACUCAGCCCUUUAGCCACUUGGUAGAAGAACUACAAGGCCUUGAAUGCAAACAUCCUGUGUUUAUUAAGUCCCACCCCUUUCCCUCGGCCUGGAAAGCUCUGUUCCGAAUACAGGAGUUGUUUCAGGGUGAUGUAAGGGAUAAACUCCUCAUUUGUAUUAGAGAAAACUGGGGUCCCCCCAAAUGAGACAGGACCUAUAGGUAGUCAUUCAUUCUGGUUUGGGCAGCGGCUCCCUGAGCCUUGAACCUGAGGGGUAGAAGGAGAUGUGAGGGUUAAAGGCAAAAAUCUUUUUCUAGGUCUCCUCAGAUUCCCACUUUCAGACUCUUUUCAUUCCCUUCGGUACGAUCUUCCUGACAAGGAAGAGAAGAGAGGAUAAGGAAAAUGGCUAAAAAAUGGGAUAAAAAUCCCCAUUUGAGCUUGGGCUGGUUCGGUAUCAUGAACCAAAAGGCUGGAGAGCCAGGGCCUGUUCUGAGAAGGUCCCUGGGAUGGUGCCAGGAUCCUCGGGAUAAAGGACUGCCGGCACAGCUGGGGCUUCUUUAAGUGACCCAGCUUCUCCAAUUUCCUGCGAGGUUUUCAAGAACCUUUUCCUGUCUGGGGUAUGAUUGCUCUAUUCCAAGAAAGAUGGAUCCUAAGCUCCCAUUUCUCUCCUGUGGGCUAAGUUUAAAGGCUCGUAUUAUUUUACAUAAGGAUGGAAAGACAAACUCAAAAGUCUCUUUUCUCUCCAGAGUUUUCUGGACCACGAGCCUAUUUCUUCAAAUGGACACUAGAGACUUUCCUCCAUUCCAGGGUCAGGAGAAAGGGGAAAGUUAUUACACGUACUGUGAAGGAAAAACUGGAAACCCUGAAGGGUUACUGCCUAUCCAGUGUCUUCUUAAUACUCAAUUUUUUAUCAUCUUUUUUUUUCUUUCCUGUCCCAGUUAUUUGAAAGUCCAUUCUCACUGAAUUUAGGACUGCUUGAAGGCAUCCCUGCUUCCUCCGGUUUACAAUCAUCGGCAGUGAAGGGAUGCUUUGUUCUAUGAGGUAAGCAGAAAGAAACGGACUGCAGAUGGGAGGACAUCCUUGUCUGCGACGGCCCCCAAGGUACACUGCGUUUCACUAAGACACGAAGUCUCGUGAGUCACGAUUUUCUUUGAACCUGCCCAUGUACUCCCUCAUGCCGAGCUGGAGAGUAUUUGCUCAGAUGUGACCAAACCACAUCCUGGUCUAAAAAGCAACAAAGAAGCUUUGAAAAGGGAAACACAUUUGCCCAAAGUCACGCAAGACGAAAGGCCCGCCUCUGAUACUCCUAGCGGCAAAAUCUCAGCUCUGCAGAUCAGAUCACUGCUGUUCUUUGGAGGUAAGGUCUAAUGGAUCCGGUAAUUUGCCUAGGCCCGAGAAACACCUCCAGGCUCCAGAUACGGACAGAGCUGGAUCAUUCAGGAGGAAUUUUGUUUGGGAGUUGGAUGGGCCUUUGCUCCUCCUCUUCCUCCUCCUCCUCCCUCUGUUCUGUCACCUUCUAACCUUCAGCCAGUGACAGGAAAGGCCAGGAAAAGCAGCUGAAAUAUAAAUCAAACAGUUCUGGGGCAUACAUGGCGCUCUGACAAAAGGCCGGGCGAGAAGGUAGGCGGUCAUGGCCCUGACGUAGCUCAGCACAAAGCUGUGCCCAUGGCAGGUGUUCAAACACUUCAGUGAAUGAAUGAAUCAGCAUUUCCUUUAUCAAGACUUUUUUUUUCCUCCUUGGCAACCAGUGAUUCAAAGCUGGGUGCAAAGUCAGAAAUCGCCUGGUGGCUUUAGCAAGCAAGAAAAGCUCAUGCCCAUUGUGUGCCCCAUCUCCAAAGGCACGGUGAUGUAGUAACUCAUGUAGGUCUUCCAAUAAUCAUCAUCAUUGGUGAUUUUUUUUUUGGAAGAGAAGAAUGAAGAAAAAAAGAAAGAGAAGGAGAGAACAGAAGACAAGGAAGGAGAAUAAGUUAAAAAAGGAAAAGAAGCGAUUAUUAAUUGCCUUCAGGUUUCCCAGGUACUUGCAGUGACAAGUCACAUCAGGGUAAACUCCAAAGUUGGUGUGUCCAAACCCUGGCAGCUCUCGGGGGGAGCCAAGAGGACAUGGCUCAGAAUCACACAGCUGGGAGCUAGUUUCAGGCUCACUUAGUUCCAUCCACUUACUUUCACAGAGGAGAAAAAUAGGGCCCAGAGAAAGGAAGUGGGAAAACCUCACAACCAUCCACACCAACUUGCCAACUCCACAGGGCGAGGAAGUUGCUUCCUCUCCACCUCUCAGCUUCCUGGUGCCCUAUAGGAAACUCAAGUCUGCGGGCUGCAGCUCCAGAGCCACGCCCAUAGUUAGAAGAAGUCCCAAAGGGAUCUUACUCUUUCUACUCUGCCUGAGUAAACAUUUAGCCACCUUGAGACAAACUGGACAAGCUCGAGGCAGAUAAUUUUGAAUGUCUGACCUCUUGGGGAGACUGGAGGCUGAAAGCAUUUUGCAGGCAAAAGUCAGCAUCUCAGAAUUAAUUCUCAAUGCACCUGGGGCCCAAUGUCCAUAUGACCCAUUUGGAGGCCCUCUUUUGGUCACUUGGAGGCUCAUGAGCAGAAGAAGCAAAGUGAAAACCUAAAAUGACAAAAAGCGAUGUCUUAAGCCCUGGAAGAAAAGGUCACUCGAUUGGAUCACCCGCUUCCUCUCCAGUGCCUUUGGCAUUGGAGAAUUGGCUGGAUUAAAAAAAAGGACAAUUACUUCUCCUGAUCUCUCCAAAUUCGACCAGAAGGCAUUUUCAGAUACAUUUUGCCUAAUAUCAAAACAGUCAGAUGGUACAGUGGAUAGAGGAGUUGGAGUCAAAAAGAACUGACUUUGAAUCCUGCUUCAGAGACUCCUUAACUGUAACACUUAGGCAAGUCAACAGAUCUAUGCUUCAGUUCCCUCACCUGUCUCACAGAGUUGUUGUGAGGAUCAAAAGAAUUAACAUAGGUAGAGUGCUUUGCAAACUUUAAAAUAUUCUAUAACUGCUAUCCUAUCGUUAUUAAUUAUCCCAAAGUGGCUUCCUACAGGGGUAAGUGUAGCUUGAAUUCUGAAGUGGGAAGCCAGCCAGUCUCCUGCUUUGUAAUUAGUCAGAACUUGGAGGAAUUUUAGAAAAUAAAACAUAACCUGUGAAGGGUUUAGACGCCUAUUCUACAAUAAGAUUCUAGAGGCAAUGAAGAGAUAUGAAGUUUUGGCUUUUUAUUUUUUUAAUGGGAAUAUUGCCCCACAAAAAAGUGGCAGAGCAAAUGAAAAAUACUCCAUGACUUUUACAUUUUGGCCAAGUGUAGUUGAGAAGACCUCAAAGGUAGGAAAACAACCAGCAUUUCUAUAAAGCUUUAUAAAUAGAGAUCUCAUCUGAUUCUUACAACAAUCCUGGAGAGUGUUAUUUAUCCCCAUUUUACUGAUAAGGAAACUGAGGCAAACAUUAAGUGACUUAUCCAGGGUCACACUGCUAAUUAGUAUCUGAGGCCGAAUUUGAAUUCAGAUCUUCCUGACUCCAAGUCCAGCAUCCUAUACUCAAAUAUUUAACCCAAGUCUCUGAACUAGCUAUUGACACUAACUGUGGAGAAUCAGAUAAAAAAGCUCAUUAGGUCUAUUUUUUCUACAAUCUCUUCCCCUUUAAGAAAAAGUCAAUUUAUCAUUAUUAGCCAUGUAUUAAUCAGCCAGGUGGUUGGACAGAAAAAGAUUCAUGUCUUGAUGAUAGUUUGUCUUAUCUGCUUGUCUUUCCCCCAAAUUUCCAGUCAGAAACAAAUCCAAGACAUUUAUCCCCUCUAAUGUGGGCAUGGAGAAGAGACACGUACAUAUUAGCUGGGGAUUGAUACCUCAUUGUACAGCCCCAAUCUACAAACAUUGGCUGUUGCCUGGAGUUUGUGGCUCCAGCCCUUCUUCAGAACUCUAACCAGCAGAGUUGUUGCUUAAUUAAUAACUAGACUUCUUGCUUCAGUUAAUCAUUUCCCAGCAGUCUGAACAUUUUUCCAUCUGUCAAUGCUGCUGGUUUGCAGCAUAUGGGCCCUAGCCCUGACUUUUGCCAUGAUGGAAACCCCUCUGUGCUGUGCCGAAAGUUUGGCCACCUGAGUUCUAAUCCUUCCUCCCACUAUAUUUCCCCCAGAGAUGCAGUCUAUCCAACCAACGUGGAGCCAACCAAUGCAUGCCUUCUCCUCUUGGGCAACACUGCCCACUCGGUUCCUCUUGCUCCUUAGUCAUCCUGCUUCCUCUUCUCAUCACACACUGCUCCGACAAACAUCAAGGAACCUUCUAAAGCAGGUGAGCAAAGCCUCCAAGGACCCUCCAGAGAACCAGGUGCUGCUUUGGAUUCCAAGACAAACACAACCGUCUUCCUUUCAGGAGGCAGUAGAUUUAAAGAUGAGGCACAGACCUGAAACUCUUAAGGCUUGGUCUUAUCAAGUCAGAAAGGAGUGACAAUCGAGUCCAUGAACUUGGGACGGAAAGCAUUCUAUUCCUCAUGCUGUUCUACUGAAACCAUAAUUAUCCGUUGAGUAUUUAUCAAAGGACCUGCGUUCAAAUCCUCUCUUCCCCUGUGCUACUGGAGAAGUUACAUCACGUUAUGUUCCUUGGUUUCCUCAUCUCUAAAAUGAGGGGAUUGAAUUGAAGACUGCUAAACCUCAGGAGAGCUAUUGUCUCUCUUUCAUGUCUUUUAGAUGACGGCAAGGCUAGAAAACCAAAACUCCUGCCUCUGGACCAGGGACCUCUCAUGCUUUUGGGAGCACUUGCCCACUUUGAUGGGGAUCCUUUCCCUACCCCGAUGGAUUUGUACUCCUAAGUUACCCUCAGGGGAAAAGCCUGAGCAUCACCCAGUUGUCUUUGGGUAUGUUGAGCCAGUGAGAGUAAGGGGAGAAUUUCUUUAGCUUUCUGACUUACUGGAUCAUAGGUGGAAAGAUGGAAAGGAUGUCAGGUGUUAGGUGACUUCCCCCAACCCACAGGUAGAGUCAAAAUUUGAAGCGAGCUCUUCUGACUUCAGAUUCAGCAACAUCCCAAGCCCCGUGCCGCUCCAGCGACUUUUAUUGCCCCGAUCAAUGCUGACAUUAUAAGCACUUUACGGUUUAUAUAUAACCUGCUCUCUUCACAACAGAGAAAUAAUUUGCCCUGUGCCACAGCAGAACCGGAACCCAGAACUUGUAGCCAAUUUUUCUAUACUGCCAUCUAAUUGAUCAGGCUCCUGAGUUACUAUUGACCCAUUGUGUUAUGGAAAGAGCAACGAACAUAGACUAAUUCUGGCUCUGCCACUAACUAUGUGAAUCUAGCCCCUUCAAUGACUUCAAAUCCGGGGGGAAGGUGCAGGCAGGGCUGACAUCUCCUUACAAGCUCUCUAUUCUGAAACCAGGUCCAAGCUGGAAGAUUCCUGCAGUCAUUCAUGACCACAGUGCACAAGUAUCUAAGGGAUAAGAUGCCCUUAGAACUAUUUUCAGGCAGAAUAAGGAGAGCUCGAGGCAGAUGACUGUUUUGGAAGAGUAGGGUACAGGCCUGGGGAAAUGCAUACUCGCACAGGGUCAAGCCACAGAGGACUGCCCAGUGAAAUAUGUGACGUGUGUUAUCUUUAAAGCACAGGAAUUCAACUUUUUAAAAAAGCUCAUUGAGACUGUGUGUACUAAAAUUACUUUAUUACAGUUGAUUUUUUUUUAACUUUUCCUUUGCUAUGAUACAAAGGAUACUUACAAACAAAAUAUUACAUAUGACCUUGUUUUCUCUCAUUUUCUGACAACUUGGUAACAGCUUUAAAUGCACAAUCUAUACAAUUAAUACAGGUUAUAUAUGAACUAUAAUGUAUGCAGAACCAGAAGAAUACUGACAAUAUACUGUACAAUAAGCCUCACCAGUUAGUGCUGUGGACCAUCUUUACCGAAGAGAAAAAUGCACACUUGUAUCAUACCAUACCAACUGGUGCUCAUAUCAAGGGAAAUUCCCCAACGCAACCCCUUGUAAGCCUCCACUGUGGGCAUCUGUUUGGUCUGAAAACUCAGAGGACGCGACAAAGGUGUAGUUAAAAAAACAAAUUUAUUAGUACGGUGGCAGCACAUCACACUUUCAACAUGAUUCUUAAUCUAAAAAACCAGUCCUAGUUUCCAGAUCCAGAAAUCCAUCACCCAUCAUAACAAUGUGACAGGCCGGGGGCCGGGGGAGAAAAGAUGGUGACUGCCACAAGAAAGGCAAGUGAUCUAACCGAAUUUUGAGUCCUGUGGAAUCUGUAAUUUCUCCUCCUUACCACAGGGAACCAACAAGUCACAAAAGCUUUUUGAUGAAACUCAAGCAGACCUUCUCGGGGCACCUGGUCUUACCCAGACUCCCCACAAUUGGUCUUUUUAAAAUAUUUGUGGGAAUUACUGGAACACAUUCUGGGUAACAACAUAUUCCAAUAAAGAAAGGCCCUGUGAGCCAUGAAAAGAGUUUCCCUUGAGUGGGCCACCAAAACUGGUCCUGGGGCUGUUACAUGUGUGCAUCCAACUCCCAAUGGCCUACUCAGAACUGAUAAGGUCACAGCUUUUUUAAUCCUUUCCUUUAUUAUUAUUAUUUUUUUGUAAAAAGGCAACCGACUGAGCAUUUUUUUUUGAUGAAUGGCAAAAUAAUAUUUUUUUAAAACCUAGCAUUUGCAGGAAUAGUGCAAAUGUCAUAAAAUGGCCUUUAAGAAAGGAAAUGGGGAAAGGAGAAGAAAGAAGUGAUGAAAAUCCAAGAUGGAGAAAAAUGGAUUUUUUUUUUUCCUUUUUAAAACUUCUACAAUACCUGUAGGGGGGAAAUCAUGCUGGAGAUGAAGAGAUUUAAGGGGAAGUGAAUAUACUGUAUAAAAUUAAAAACAUAAAUAGGCUAUCUGGAUGAUGGGUAGAAGCAGAAACCAAUCUGGGUUACAAAAAGGAUUAUACAUUCAAGAUGCUCUUAAACCCAGUGGGAUAACUUAUGUUAAAAUUGUGUUAAUAGUUAAUGUUAGAAAUCUCAAGUUUGUUUUUAAAUCUUCACAAUACAAGCAAAGCUGUUUUAAAAUAUACACUAUACACAUUUCUCAUAGUCUCUCCCAGCCUCAUUAAUGCACAUUAUACUAUCUUUCCUGUAUACAAAAACAAGGGGGUUCUUAUAGCUAAACUGCUCAAAGUAACCCAACCAUUUAUUACCUAAAUGUUUGCCUUAAAUUUUAAAUGGGUUAUUGACUUCUGAAUAAUCACAUAAAUAGGAUUUAGCAAAACAAGUGUUAAUAAAAACUUCUUAAGCAUUUACAAUUGA